AUGAGGAUCAUACAGGAUUCCGAAGAUGAAGACGACCUCGAGCUCGAAGCUGCCCAUGUUGCCGCACCGGCGGGUGACGAGCCACCUAACCACAUAAGCAGCAACGCCUCCCCCAUGCUAGGUGAGAAAGGAACUGGCUCAACCGAGUCUCUGAAGCGCGCCAUCGUGGCUGCUCAUCGCGAACAGUUCCGAGACGAAUCGUCUGACCGUCAAGGCCAGAGCAAUCCGUCCGGUCCGGUUUCAGCAGCAAAUCCAUCCGCUACGAGCAAUUUUCAAGACGCGCUACAAUCUUCCAUUUCGUUGCCUGGACAUGCCAGUAAGACCUCAUUGGACGGUGCAGUCGCACUAUCCCCCGCACGUGACAUUCUGCCGACCACCUAUGAUGAACGCUCCCCAGAACAAGCACUCCACAACAAUAUACAUCUGGGGGGCAUACCGGAGAGACCUUGGGAAUCUCAAGGGACUAUGCAGGAUAAUUGGGAGCAUCAUGAACCCAUGGGCCUCUUCGCUCAAACGGUGUCCAGUACCAUUCCCAACGCCACCGCCACUCAAGAGCAACUGCUAGCAGAAGUCCUGGCACCGGACUUCCUGGAAGUCGAGCCCGAGCCCGACCCUGCUGCACCCAAAUACGAACCCGCAAAGUCGUCAGUGCCCUGGUCUGAAUACUUGAAGUCGUCCUCUAGAGCGCCUGAAGUUCCCCUUCUUUCUGCCGAGCAAUUGCCUCACCUCUCUCCAAACAACGCAUGUUACUCGACAGCACAACCAAAUGGAAAUCCAUUCUGCUCUGAGCCAAGGGCUGAAUCGCCUGAUCCAUUGCACUUUCCAGUUGUCGAGCGGAUGUCGAAUAUUGAAGCAACGGCCCCUGAAGUGGACCUGCAAAAUAGCAUACGCCACACUGCUACAUCACCGUCUAGCAACACGAAAGGAAAACUGAGCUCGGUACCGGAAUCCGAGGACGAUCUGAUGACCAUCGGCGUUCCUUUGGAGCAGUAUAAGGCCCGCCCUAGUCGGUCCAGAUCUAUGAAACUUAGCACGGAGGAGCCGAUUAACUACUCGCAGAGGCCUGAGAGGGUCGCAAAGAAAACGCGUCGAACCCGAACGUACGGAGAAGUAGAGACUACAUCCACUGCCACCACGCCGGAAAAGGUGCGACAGAUCUGUGAUAUGGGAUUCACACCGUUAACCACGAAGAAAGCGCUUAGACAGCACAACGGUGAUGUCACGCAUACCGUAGACUGGCUGAUCGCUAAUGGUGUUCCAGCUGAAGAUGAGCUGCCGCCACCAAAGUCUUCGAAGACUAAGGACAAAAAGAAGUCGAAGCGACACGAAAGCACACAAGAUUUGGCGACCGAUUUGCAUCAAGGCACGGCUACAGGACUACCUCCAGAUUCUCCAAUUGCCGCAGUUGACGCAAGUGCGGCUGCAAACGUUGAGGAUGUUCUGGAAUUUGCACCAACAACUUCAAUCGUCAAAAGUCCAACGACAGUGAAGGUAGUUAUUCCAAGAACGAAGAAAAUCCCCACUCCGUCCAAACAUAUCGAACAAUUAGCAGCGCCGUUCGCGCCUCAGCCUGUCCCUGAAGAUGUCUAUGCAGAGACCGCAAAGCAACAGGAAGUCCACGAUGGACCGGAUAUCCAGCUUGAUGAGCCAGCUGUUGCAGCCAAGCAACCUCAGAAAGGGAAAAAGCGAGGCCGUGGACGACCCAGGAAGGAAACGAAGACGAUAGAGUCGAUCGAACAGGAACCUCCAGAAAAGAGAAGCAAACCGGAUGACACAGUCGAUACUGAAAAUGCGCGACUAGAGGAUAGGGCAAAUAUGCCGGACGAGUCGAUCAUAGACGGGCAUCGAGUCAGCGAUGCCGAUAAUGCCAACCUGAAUUCAAAGGUUGGUCACACAACACCAGAACCACCACCGAUAGAAAAGAAGGUCAAGCAAACGACCGAGGCACCUCCAUCGAUCGGCAAAGGCAAGACGCCCUAUAGAGUCGGUCUCAGCAAGCGUGCUCGUAUCGCUCCUCUUCUCCGCAUCGUCAAGAAAUAG